AAAAGGAAUUUUGUAUUUGCUUGUAUUAAUUUUUUUUAGAAAGGGCAUUUACUGUCUUUUGGCCAAUGUCAUUGUGUUUAGCAGUCUGUAGGACCUAUGGAGAAAAGCAGUUUUUAUACAUUUUAGUAAUAGUCUACUGUUUUAUGUUUGCAUUAGUAAUUAAAUUAUAUUUUUGAAAGCUUAUCAUUUAUGGAGCUGGAAAAGAUGUUUUUGUGUUCACAACACUACCUUAUGUUUCACUAUAUCAUUGUGACCACUAUUACUGUUCUGUAUCCAUGUCAUAAUCAACUAUCAACAUUUUAACUCUAACCCAGCAUGGGCCAGAGACAGCUCCUUUGUUUAGCUCGGGCACUGCUUCAUAAAACAACAAUACUUGUCCUGGAUGAGGCAACAGCUUCGGUGGACAUGGAAACAGACGAUUUGAUUCAGAAGACUAUUUGCACAGAGUUCAAGGACUGCACUGUCCUGACAAUAGCACAUAGAAUCAACACAAUAUUGAACUAUGACAGAAUCCUUGUACUGGACAAUGGUCAAGUCAAAGAAUUUGAUUCACCCAAAACUUUAUUAAAGAACAUAAAGUCAACAUUCUUCCGAUUAGCUAAAGAUGCUGGACUAGUUUCCUGAGCCAUGAAUUUACAUUGACAACAAAUAACAAACAAGAAGUUGUUUGUAGACAAACCCCUGACCAGGGUGAACAGAACUCAAGCCUGGAUUAAUGUUUUAAAAAACAAGACAUUUGUUUUAAUUUAUGAAACAUUUCAAGCAGAUGUUAACAGCUGAUUGAUGAAUUAGAACAGUUAAGAGACAUAUUCUAGUCAUAAUGUUCAAAUCCACAAAUCAGUUUGAAACUUGAACCAAAGUGUACAUUUUUGUAUUUUAUCAAUUUUAUUGAUCUUUAUAGUUAUAAAACAAAGUACCUCAUUACAUUAGCUUAGUUUGGGACAUUAGUCUUCUUGACUUUUGACUAGCCAAAUGCUAUAUUACCACAAGUUGUAACCAUUAAAAAUAAAAAGAAGUUAAAUAUAUAAACCCAAAGCCUUGGAAUACAUUUUAAAUAUUUAUUUUAAUGAACAAUAGCUUCUAAAGCACCUAGUGCCCCAGUGAAAAAUCCUGUAGAGAAAUUAAAGGGCAAUAACUUAAUGGUUCGAAUAAAGUGACUUUUUGAGAGCACACACAUUUGUUGUUGAUUAUUUUUUCCACUUGUAGUGUGUCAAGUGAUGCUGUCUGACCCCCAGUGACUUGGUCAUUGGGAGAACAUGAUGAAAGAGAGCACAUUGAUG